AUCGGCCACUUUCUGGCAUCCAGUUGCUGUAGCCCCCAUCACCACACUGUGCCACGGGCCCCUGUACCGCCUUCUCAUACUGCUGCCAGAUCCAUCCUCUGCCAUGUGCGUCUUUGUCGUCUGCUCACGCUGCUGGGUUCCAGUUUUAAACCUAGGCCUGUGUAUGGCUUCCGAAUACUGCUGCCUCCACCGCCACCCUGCGCCAUGUGCCUCUGUCGUCUGCUCACGCUGCUGACGGCUUCCGCUUUUUAACCUAGGCCUGUGUAUGGCUUCCAAAUACUGCUGCCUCCACCACCACCCUGCGCCAUGUGCCUCUGUGGUCUGCUCACGCUGCUGACGGCUUCCGCUUUUUAAACUAGUCCUGUGUAUGUCUUCCGAAUACUGCUGCCUCCACCGCUACCCUGCGCCAUGUGCCACUUUCAGGUCUCCUUACACUGUUGACUCCAAGGGCAUUUAAAUUAAAGGUACAGUGUUCUGCACUAAUAUAA